AUGGAGUCGUUUAGGGAAGCCGCUUUGGCGCUUGGUUUGUUGCAAUUUAAUACAUAUAUAGAAGAAACGCUUGAGGAAGCUGCUGCAUUUCAAAUGCCAUCUGCACUCAUAUUGUUAUUUGCUACUCUUCUGGUUUAUUGUUCUCCAACUGAUCCUACGAUUUUAUGGAGAAAAUUUGAAUUGGACUUUUCUAGAGAUUAUGAGCUGCAUAAACAAUAUAAUGACUACUCUCCCGCUCAAAUUAGAGGAUUGAUUCUAGCUGAUGUUAAUAGAUCGCUUCAGCAGAUAAGUACAACCAUUGCUGCCUAUCAGUUGCCAUUAGAUGAUCUUGUUAGUGUAGAUCAGCAAAAGUAUGCUUAUGACACCAUUCUGCAAGCAUGCUUUGCUUCGCAAGGGCAUUCUUUUUUUAUUGAUGGUCCUGGAAGUACCAGUAAAACCUUUUUAUACCGGUCGCUGCUUGCUACUUUGAGAUUACAAGGUUUUAUAGCCAUUGCAGUAGCAACCUCUGGAAUUGCAGCAUCUAUCCUACCUGGGGGAAGAACUGCACACUCUAGGUUCAAAAUACCUCUUGAUUUCUCAAAAAACAGAACCUGCCAGCUUAGCAAGCAAGGCAGUGUUGCGAGACUGCUCUUAAAGUCAAAACUAAUCUUAUGGGAUGAGGCUUCCAUGGCAAAACGAGCAACUAUUGAGGCAUUUGAUGAUUUGCUUAGAGACAUAAUGGAAUCUAAACUGCCUUUUGGGGGUAAAGUUGUUGUAUUUGAUGGGGAUUUUCGACAAACACUACCUGUUAUUGAGCAAGCAACAAAGGAAAUUCUUUUGCAGUCAUGUUUUCUCAAUUCUCCAUUGUGGUAUAAACUUCAUAAACUGAAGUUGACAGAAAACAUGCGAGCUAUAUUAGAUCCUCAAUUUUCUGAAUUCUUGUUAAGAGUUGGUGAAGGGCGUGAACCUAUUGACUUCAGCGGUGAAAUAACCUUGCCAAGAGAUUUAGUCAUUCCUUAUUAUGAUAAAGAAGAGUCCUUAAACAGGUUACUAUACUCUGUAUUUCCAGAUUUUACUCUCUAUUCCCAGGAUCCAUAUAGCAUGAUUAAUAGAUGUAUUCUCAUCCCUAAAAAUACCUCGGUUGAUGAGCUGAAUGAUAUAAUGAUUAGAAGGUUUCCUGGAGAACUUCAGACUUACAUUAGUUUUGACAAAACUGUUGAUCAGUGGCACCAAGGGGAUUAUGAGGAUUUUCUUAAUUCUUAA